GCAUGCAUGUCAUGUUGACUGUCCACAAUUGUCCACAAGACACACAACAUGCAAUUUUGCUUUCACAAUAUGAGAAUUGGCAAAAGACCUUCUCAUGAGCGAGGUUGGCACUGAGUUGCAACAACAUUUGGAUGAGACGCUGGCGAGGAUCGACUUGGAUGUCUCUUGCGCGGUAGUCCGCAGCAUCAGAGACUGCAAUUUCUCCGUGUCCAUCGCAGAUCCACAGCUGCCUGAUUGCCCGCUGAUUGCCGUUUCAGAGGGCUUUUGCGAGCUCACGGGCUAUGCACGCGAGAGGAUCGUGGGGCAGAACUGCCGCUUUCUCAACGGUGGAUGCGAGAUCAGGCCGGCGGACCGAGAAGCCUUGCGGGUGUCGUCCAGGACGGGCAAGCAUUUCACGGGCGUGCUGAGGAACUCGAAGGCUGAUGGCACAGAGUUCCUCAACUUGCUGGAUAUGCGAGGCUUGGCUGUGGGCCGCUCCGAGACGGGUGAGGAGCGCAUGUUCAUCGUGGCCAUCCAAGCCGAUGUGACCGAACGUGGAAGCGAUGAACUGCCGCUGGAGCACGCCAGUCAACUGCAACACAUCGCGAACCUGGUCCGCGAUGAGUUGGUCUCGGGACUCCAAGAGGCCGCCAUCGUCACGGCACAAACCGCAUCGGGAGCUGUGUGCGAGAUCCGACCCUACGAAGCGCCCCGGUGGAUCAUGGGCGAGGUCUACGACUGCGCGGCUCUGGGCGGCUGACGCGAA